UUGUUUUGUAUUGUACUUUUAAGGGCAGACUACACUAAAAAAACUUGAAAGGAUACUUUGACAUGCUCAGCCGAUGACAAAAUGUGUUGGCACUUCCAUGUCUGUGGCCUUUAAAAAAAAAAAAAAGUUGUGCAAAUAACUUUAUUGACACAAGUAAACAACAAGUUCAGAACUUGAGUCCACAAUCACAGGCCGAGUAAAGGCUGUAAGCUUAGAGUGGUCAUACACCUUUUUUAUUUAUAUAUUCAGAUAUUGAAGACAUGUGCAAUUUGAUAUGGUCAGUCAGCUUUGAAAAGUUUGUCUUUUUGUUGAAUUUGGACUUGUGUAGAUAAAAUUUGGUCAAAAUAGUAAAAGCAAAUAAAUCAAAUAGAGCUGGCUGCAGAGACUACUGUCUUAUUCAGUGAAUACAAACAAUACAUUUUGCCAGCCUAAUAAAAAGUGAGGGUAGAUAUGAUCAGCAAUAAAUCAUGACUAUUUACUCCACACUUGUUUUGUAUGCAGGCCAAAGACUAGAAGGAAUGUAGCAAUGUUCCUCUGAGCUCCCCUUAAAAGGCACUACUUCAAUGUCUUUUAAUACGUUUUUUAAAAUGUCAACUCAACUUUAUUUACAUAGCACCUUUCAUACAAACACGCAGCCUGAAGUGCCUCACAUAGCAGGAUUAAAACAACACAGACCUCAGUGAUCUGGCUGGAACAGAAAAUAAAAGAUCUCUAAUGUGGGGAACAGCAAGAUUUAACCUUAAUCCUCCAGACUGGGGUACCUACAACUUUACCAACUUUUUGUUCCUAAUGACUUCAUAUCAUUUUCUUUAUUAGUGCUUUUGUCCCACCUAUACAGUUUUAAUAGAUACAACUAUUUAUUGAGUUCAUGUUAGCUUUCUUUUUUUAUAAUUUUAUUUUUUACAAAAAUAGUAAAUUUACAAAAACAGUAAGUGAUAUUUACAAUAAAGUACAACCAGGGUCAAAGUGCAAAACAUCAAUAAAGUGCACAAGGUUGAACUUGUAUAAAGUUCAGUGGGUCAUGAUGUGAAGUAUUACACACCAUCAGGGGGGGUUAGGGGCACUCUGUCAGUUAUUUUGAAGGCUUUGUAGAAUAAUCUCACUUGGGUUCAAGGCUUCAAUUUGUAUUGAAACUAUAACUUUCCCAAAAUAAUAAUAAUAAUCUGUUUUUGUUCCGAUGACAUUAAUUGCAUAACUAAUAAUGUUUUGAGAAUAAAUAAGUUAUCAUUUUUGCUAUGAUUGUUUCUUACAGAAAUGUAUUCUUGGGGUCCCCAGGGGCCCCAGUUGAUAAUCCCUAAAUGUUAAAUAUGUUGGUAGGAUGAUGGUUAAGGCUUUAUAAACAAGUCAAAGAACUUUAAAAUCAAUCCUGGGAGAUACAGGUAGUCAGUGCAGUGUCUUCAGCAGAGGGGUGAUGUGAUCCGUUCUCUUACUUUUAGUCAAGACUGUGGUCCCAGCAUUCUGAACCAGACUUUUUAUUUCUUUCAGGUAAUCCAGUAAAAAGGGGACACAGCAGUCUGCAGGGCCUGUUUGACUUUGUUGCAUGCCUGUGACCUCCUCCUCCAGCAGCCCUCUAAACAGUCACCGGUGGGCGGGACCACCCUGCUCAGUUUUCACCCUCUCCAGCGAUGAUCUCGAGCUCCCAUUGGCUCCUGUCUGCAGACACGUCACAAUCAUGAUUAGAAUUGAUGAUCGGACGUUUUGAUUUCAUUGUCUAGCAAAGAGGACUGACUGCUGAAGAAAUCUGCUGAAUUUGAGCGUCCGUCUGAUUUUGCCAUCAGAAAUGCCACAUUACCCAGCAGUGUGCCAGGUGCACUGAGACAGGAUGAGUACAAUCAAAAGUGCACUAACCUAGAAAUAUGGAGGUUUUGCUGUGAGCUGCAUGGCUGCCCCGUUCCCAUCCACUAGCAGAAUGGAUGCGUGGCCGCAAAGGCGUGGCCUGCAGACUAUGAACCUGCGGUCAGUGUUCACAGCUGAACAGCAGAGGAUCCUGGAACGUUACUACGAUAAUGGGAUGACCAAUCAGAGCAAAGCUUGCUUCCAGCUAAUACUACAAUGUGCUCAGGAGGCCAAACUGGACUUCAGUGUUGUGCGGACAUGGGUUGGCAACAAAAGACGUAAGCUCGCCUCCAAGGUAGAGCUGAAUGGAGGCGUGUCUCAUUCCUUACCCAGUCACGGCCUCGCCGGGGGAAUACUGUGCAAUCACACAUUAGCCGGAGGUUCCCUGUCCAAUCAUGGCUUGGCAGCGGGGGCGUUACUCCCCGGUGAAAUGACUACGGCGCGGAACAUCCAGAAUCGCGCGCACCUACUCCCUCCAUCGUCAUCCUUCCCUUCUUUCUCGUCAUCGUCCUCCUCCCCUUCCUCUUCCUCCCCCCUCAGCAGCGGGAGCAGCAGCAACAACAACAACAAUGACAUCAUAGUGACCGGGAUCUACUCUCUCAACUCCGUCCCUCGCCCCCGACCCAAACCCGCAGCCCCGCCGUCUCAGCCAGACUCUGCGCUUUCGACGCAGCUAUCCUCGUCUGUGAUCAACCAGGUCCUGCAGAGCAAAACCAGCUCCAGCUCCUCACCCCUCCACAGCAAGCUGGUGUCACUCUCUCAGAACCUGCCAUCCCUCACAUCCGCCUCAGGGCCUUUAGUCUACACUGCAGUAAGGAAGGGGAGUCUGUCUCUCAGGGAGGCGGGGGUAAGUGCCGGAGCAGGGGUGGUACCUCACAGCUGGACUAGGCAGUAUGGUACAGCGCAAACCCGCCCUUGGUCCUCUUCCUCCCAGACCCAGACUCAGCCUCAGCCCAGACCUCAGUCCAAUCCCCAACCUCAACCACCUGCCCCACAGAAGACUCGGGUCUCCCUCCCAGUCCAAAACUCCAGUCCUGCCUCUGAACAGACACCUCGUAUCCAGAAUUACUUCACCUUGUCAGAAAGAGGCAAGGGGGACAGACUCGUGUCGGGACUCGCGUCUACUCUGAGAGUUCAGGAGAGUCCUAGGCUGGUGACCCAUCCUCUGGACACCAGUCAUUACUUCUCCAUCGCCAUGGAAACCGCAGAUGAAGAAGACGAGUGGCAAAGGGAAGAGGAACUGGCAAAUAUGGCCGCUCAGACUCACAUCCACAGGGAGCAGACGUCACCGUCUGAGGCGAGCGGAAGCCACACACCUCCUAUGACUAGACUCAAAUCCGCACCGCUUCACGGCAACACAGCUCUUCAGGGCAGCUACUCCCUCACAGCACAGACCUCACUCACAGGGGAAUCCAGCUCACAGGCUUCGAUCGGUGUGUGCGCUGCCCCCUGGGUUAUCAGCAACUCCAGAAAGAGAACACUGCAGGAUCGGACCCAGUUCAGUGACGGGGAUCUCAUCCAGCUGAAGCGAUACUGGGACCGAGGCAUGACCAGCCUGGGCUCAGUCUGCAGGGAAAAGAUCACUGCUGCAGCAAACCAGCUCAAUGUAGACACUGAAAUAGUCAAGACAUGGAUCAGUAACAGACGGAGGAAGUACCGUCUGAUGGGUAUUGAAAUCCCUCCACCUAAAGGUGGGCCUGCUGUAUUCACAACCUCAUCCCCAGGAAACGAAUCUCCGGGGUCGCUCAGCCCCGACGAGGAGCGGCUCAGAACACCUGACCUCGGAGAUGACAUGAAUGAUGGGGGAUCUGUGUGCUUGUCAGAAGAUGGCACCAUCGACUCACAACAUAGAGACGGAGAAGAUGGAACAGAUGUAACCGCUGCUGCUCCACUGGCCAAUAAUGUGAAGAUCGAAGUUAUUGACGAGGACGAAGAAGACGAUGAGGAUGCUGAAAUUGUGGCCUCAGGAUUAGAGCAAAUGCAUAACCUGCUGGAAUUCAAGCAUGAGGAAGUGCAGUUCUUAGAGCACGAGCUAGAGAACCAAAAACAAAGAUACCAGGAGCUUGCGAGCUUCACCAAGAGCCUGCUGAGCGCUUUGAGGAAUAACGAUCUGGAGAGACAGCAGGAACUCAUCGCCAGUCUACCUCAGCCUUCAGACCAGGACUGGGACAUGACUGUGAACAGAGGAACUCAGCCCGAUGCUAUGUCAGAAGACGAAUCCUCCAACCACGACGAGUCCCCGGCGGCCGGUGCAAACGCCGUCGAACACGCGCCGGCCAACGUCAACGUCCCGCUGGUCACCAUAAAAGAAGACGGUUCGACAACUGAAGUUACUGAGCCCUCUGCAUCAGAGGAGCAAAUGCAGGGAGCAGAACAAGAACAAGAGUGACUUUUUUCAUGUACAUCAACUCACGCACACGCUCGUACAGAUGUUUCCACACUCCACACAGAAGCCGGACUAUAUGAUCUUACAUUAACACAAACACUCUAAUGAACUCAUGCUCCACGCCCAGUGCCUGUGGAUUGAUGCUUCACUAUGACUGUUGGGCUGACAAUGCCUUUUUUUUACUGCAUAUCAUUCGCCUUGCUCUGGUCCAGUCCAGAGAGAACAAUAAACGA